GUCAACAAAGAAGAAAUCAGUCAGUCUGUGGAGCAUCUAAAAUCACAACUGGGCAUGAUGAAUUCUUCCAUCAAUACUGUCCUGGACACCUCCAGCGCAGAUGCACUGCAAACCAAGAAGACAGUUGCGUUGAGUGUUACUGGCAUUCUGCUGCUGCUGAUAUGCACGUUUGGUACCAUCUACAUGUGUUGCCAAUACAGAACCAAACAAACAAAGCCUCAGUACCCGAACGAAGAAUCGCAGACCAGGGACAACGGUUGCCACGACAACCCGGCCUUGGAUAUUUCUGAGACGCAGGCAGAGAUGCAGGAGAAGAAAGGAAAGCUGAAGAAUAGCUUCCUGGUGCUCACGGAGGGCUUCGGGGAGGAGACAGAUAGCUGGAUAACGCCUCUGCACAACAGCAAAGACGAACUGGAGGGUGAAGAAGACACACACUUAUAGAGAAAAUGCCGAGAGAUGGGGCCCAGAACACGUGUCGUUCCCCACGUCUCCCACCCUCGCUGUCUGUACCAUCGCCCGGUCAACGCCCAAUUGCCACCUACGGAAUUGUCAUCUCUUAUCUUUCUCUCCAUCUCUCCAUCUCUCUCUCUCUCUGUCUCUCAUAAAGAGCCUCGUUAGCGUAGUGGUCAGCAAGCGAGAGGACACGGGGUUGAUUCCCGGACAGGACAAAACCUUAGGCACGUCUCCUUACUCCACGCACACGCCUCUGUUUACCCUGCAGUACACAGGAACUUAGUUGUUUGGCGAUGGGCGGAUCGCUUUUCCGGGGGUAAUAAUCCCUUCAAAAUAAUA